ACAAUUUCAGAGCCUUCUUCUCUUUUUCUUCAAAAAUCUCACAUACUUCCUUCAUUCUCUGAUUCGCCAUUUUUCUCUGCAUUUUUCUUCAUAUCCCGUCGAUUGAAGCCAAAGGGUCGAUUUUUCUCUGUGUUUUGUUCUUCCUUCUCAAUACAGAUUCCAUUUCUUCUUUGCUUUCUCUGAUCAAGGCCGAAGGCGCUGAUUCUCUCAGUGAUUUUCAUGAUAGGCUGCAGAGGCUUGGAAAAGGAGAAGGAAGGAAACUUUUAUCGAGCUUUAAGAUGAGCUGCAAUGGCUGCCGUGUUCUGAGAAAGGGUUGCAGCGAAGGCUGCAUGCUUCGUUCUUGCCUUCAAUGGAUAGAUGGAGCAGAGGCUCAAGGUCACGCCACUGUGUUUGUGGCCAAGUUCUUUGGACGAGCUGGUCUCAUGUCCUUCAUCUCCGCCGUGCCUGAAAAUCAGAGACCUGCACUUUUCCAGUCACUUUUGUACGAAGCCUGUGGUCGUACAGUCAAUCCCGUUAAUGGAGCGGUAGGUCUUCUCUGGAGUGGUAACUGGCACGUGUGCCAAGCGGCGGUAGAAGUAGUCCUCAGAGGCGGCACGCUUCGACCCCUGCCGGAAUUUUUGGCCGGAAACAUCCCAGGAAAUCUCCAUUAUCCUGAUGAUUUCUCCGAGGUUUCUACCGCCAAGGAUAAAAGGGUUUGUCCAAAAAGUAAAGAAAAAGACGAGGUCUCUGAAUCUGGCGAGGUCGACCUCUGUUUAGGGUUAAGUCAUCCGUCGACUUUUUGGCCGGGAAAGCGGCCGGAAAAGAGCCGACCGUCUACUCCAUCGAUGAACUCUGAGGGUUCGGUGACGUGCAACGAGAGCGGAUCUCAGCUGUUGAAUGAGCCGAGGGUUCUGAACCUCUUUGUCUAGAAUGAAAACGCGUUUUGGUGUUUUUGUCACCGGUUUUGAGAUACCAGCCUGUUUUCCGGCGAGUUGUGGGAGUUCCGGCAAAGGAUUCCAAGGAAGAUGAGUUUGUCGGCUUAUUUUCUCCCUUUUUCGGUUAAAAGAAAGCAAAUAAUUCAGUGAAAAUAAAUACGUUUUUGAGGCGUGCGUUAUUUCUCAA